AGAAAAAAAGCUUCGACUCUCCAUUUGCUUACAGAGGAAAUAAAUCUAGUUCCGUCACGAUUUUCAACAGUGGUGAGCUUACACUAAAGAUCUACUUGAUUUUUUUACGUUUCGCGAAGUAAAAUUAGAUGCAGACUUAAAAUCACAAUAAAUCUGCGUGUGGGCAGGGAAGACAGCUGUGUUGGAUGAUAGGAAACGAGCCCACUCACAGACGUAAUUAUUCUGUUUCAUCAAAUCGCGUAUACUCCCUCGCCAAAUGCAAAUUCUUGGGAGGAUAAAAAAAUUUGCAUAUUCCUAUAUCAUUAUACAAACCAUAACAGCUUUACGUGUGUUAUUCCUCCGUCGAAACGGCCUAUGUAAGGCCGAGAGGUUAAAUUUACUUGUUUAUUUUUCAUCUUUGAACGUUAUUCACCCAGGAUAUUAUCAUCUAUUAAGGAACAUCGUGAUUUCAGUUGUAGAACAACUAGUAAUGAGGAAUAAAAAAGGAGUUAUAUAUAUACAAUGAUCAUUUGACCGAAAGAUUCUGCCGACUUUGACACAGACGUGAAAAAACAAGUUUACUCAAGAUAUUAGCAUCUUCGAAUCCACUUCCUUCGGAAGGAUAACUGACCUUCUGAGGUUCUGUUGAAACAUUUUAGACAGAAGCAUUCCGUAGAGCCACUGGAAUUGUGUACGCGAGCAAGAAGCUGAAGCUGGGCCGAUCAAAAUCAAAUUUAAUUUCGCUGAAUUUACUGCCGACAACUUUAGCUAUUAUUGUAUUAGGAAUAAAACAUUAAAAUAUUGAUGAGGAAGGACGUCUCUGUUGAAAACAACGGCAUUAAAGUGAAGAAUAUUUCUGGCACAGAAUAAAGGCCACAGGCACUGAGAGUUUAAACGAAAGCACAAGUUUGUCUUUGUCAAUACGACGGUAUAUUUUUGGCAAGGUGUAUAGUGUACUCAGCCUUGAAGGAUAAUUUUCAGCAGGCCAACAUCGCAAUUAUAUCCAAGGCUGUUGAUACACUCUCCCAAUAUAUAACGGUACGAAUUCGAUGCUCGUUUGAGUUUACGAAAAAAGAAUUCGCGUGCUCGUUAGAAAACGGAGCUAUACAGUUUAUCAAAAGGACAAGACGAGGUGAUAGCUCACAACUCACAGCGGAAUUUGUAGCCAUACAAUAACAAGUCAUCAACAAAUUGUGGUCAAGCCGUAUACGACGCGUACAAAAUCGUUGUAUGUACAAAUUAUGAUUGGUACAAUAAUAGUUUGAAUGAUAUUGUACUAGAAAACCAACAUUGUUCUAUUAUAUAAAAGAAUCUUCACUUCGUACAGAAAGUCACCCUCUAUUUUUGAACCAAAUUACACUCGAACUUUUCAUUUGGUAAAAAAGAGGUACUAUUCUUUUAACUGAAGACUCAUAAAAAUUUAAAGCGAGCAUCACGAAGGAAUAUAUUGCUUGGAAUCUGAUCAGUCAAAUACACGGAAAAGAAGAGACUCGUGCGGUUUCAAAAUUAAACUUAACCGGUACAUUCAAUCCUCAAAGACUAUCAGUCAAGUCAACGCAUAUAUUUAAGAGAAAAAAUUGCAUAUUCAGUGCAGUUCUUUUCAGACGAUAUUGACAAACAUUAAUCAUCUUUUAAAAAGGAACUCUCACCGCAACAAGACAAAAUGAGUUUCGCAAAGUUUUUCGCAAUGCUAACCCGUACCAAGGAUGUAACAACGAAGGUAGCCGAGUCAGCUCUUCAUCGAUGUCUUCAUGUCUUCGACCUUACCUUCCUUGGUGUGGGGGCGACGGUCGGAGCAGGGCUGUACGUUGUUACAGGUCAAGUUGCAAAGAACAUGGCAGGACCAGGAAUAGUUCUGUCCUUUCUAAUCGCUGCUGUGGCCUCGAUGUUGGCAGGAUUAUGCUACGCGGAGUUUGGUUGUCGCGUAUCAAAAGCUGGAUCAGCUUAUGUCUACACUUACGCCACCCUUGGAGAGUUUUGGGGCUUCGUAAUCGGAUGGAAUAUGAUUCUUGAGUAUAUCAUUGGCAACGCGUCUCUCGCAAGAGGUCUUAGUAAUUACAUAGAUUCUGCCUUUGGCGGGGCCAUAAGAGAUUUCUUUACAACAAAUGUUGGAGCUUGGAAAGUGGAAGGGCUUGGGUCGUAUCCAGAUUUUGUGGCUAUGCUAAUGCCACUUCUUAUGAUGGCGAUUGUCUGCAUGGGAACCCAACACUCAACCGUCUUCAACAAGACAGUCACAGCUAUAAACCUAUCCGUCGUUGUCUUCGUCAUCGGUGUAGGUCUCUGGCAUGUCGACACGAAAAACUGGACGCCGCGCGAGAAUUUCGCGCCAUACGGCGCUUCUGGCAUCUUCGCUGGAGCCGCGAGUUGCUUUUUCUGCUUCGUUGGAUUCGAUGUGAUCGCAACAGCAGGCGAAGAAACCAUCAACCCGCGUCGAAAUAUCCCUCUGAGCAUUGUGUUAUCAUUACUCAUUUCAUUCUUCUGUUAUUUCGGAGUGGCGACUGUCUUGACAAUGAUGGUGCCGUACUCGGAACUCACAGAAGAAGCACCAUUGGCAAACGCGUUUGGAGAGCACGCAUUCAAGGCAGCACAAUACAUCAUUAUUGCUGGUGGACUUGCUGCCCUUUCUGGUGCUCUACUUGGCGGCACCUUUGCAGUUCCGCGAAUAAUUUACGCGAUGGCCAAAGAUGGUUUAAUCUUCUCCUACUUUUCCAAAGUUAACAAGUCCACGAGCACUCCAGUCCGCGCGAUCGUGGCGGCCAGUGUUUUAGCGGCGUUCAUCGCACUCAUAUUCGACCUCGACCAACUCGUGGAGAUGCUUUCUAUCGGCACUCUAAUGGCCUAUACCUUAGUCGCGGUCUCUGUAGUAGCUCUGCGUUUCCAGCCCGGAGUUAAAAGCAUAGAGGAAUCUGGAAGUGACAUGUUUGCGAGUCGAGUGUUUUGCUGCAAAGCGAACCCAGACGCCUUUCACGAUUAUUUGAAGCUUGAUACAUCAAGUAUUUCAUCCUCCAGUCAGCAUUCAUCAAAUACCGCGUACUCAAAAUCCCUUAACACGAUCACCAACACCUCGGAAGCUCAACCAGACUCCCGAACGAGUUUCAUCGCAACGUCAUCUCUGGGGUUAAUCAUAUUUGGAAUGGGAGGAAUGAGCGCGGUCUUCAUUGGGGCUUGGGGCAAUCUUCUCGGGGAGGACCCAUGGGCAAUAACAACACUGACCUUAAGUGGGGUGUUGGUAGUCUUGGGUGUGGUUAUAAUGGUACUACAGCCGACCAAUGGUGCUACGUUUCCAUUCACAGUACCAUGUGUACCAGUACUCCCACUGGCAAGCAUAAUGGUGAAUAUAUUUCUACUUCUGAAGCUGAAGUACAUGACCUGGAUACGUUUUGCUGUAUGGCUAGUUAUUGGUCUUCUAAUUUACUUCAUCUACGGAAUACACAACAGUGUUGAAGGAAAAAACAUUGAUUCCGUUGGUAAGGAAAAAGUAAAGUUAGUAAUGCCUCCACCACCGGAGAAUAUGUACGACAUGAAGCAAAUACAACCAGAGAAUGGGAAAAAGCCACUCGACGAUUUUGAUGAAGAAGCAAGAUACGUUAAAAAUUAGGUAGAAAUACCUAGAUAGGCACACUAGGAAACAUUAUUGUGAUACACUUUGAACUCUUGAAUAAACAUCUCCUGUCUGAGUUUGCCGGCAAAGUGGAGCAGAAACCAGGUAGAACAAGUUAGUGCUACUAACCUACUUAAUUGUGUCUUACGUAUUGGUAGAGAUAGAUGAGACUCCCUGAGUCCCUGGCAUUUUUUCAAUGUUUUUCUCCUCCACAUGAAGAGUUUCCAAGCUGACAUACAAUAAUGUUCUCUAGUGCAAGAGACAAGAUUUUAUCGGACGGUUUUAAUUUUUGACGGCCGAAAAUUUAGUAUAUAAAUUUUAAUAGUCGGCCGUGCAUCCGACAUUAACAAUGCUGUUAGAUACAGGUAUUUUAGUUUGAAUGCAGUAGAAAUAACUCGGCAACCAAGAAAAAGAAAGAAGAUGAAAUUAAAGCAAAAAUUAUUUAUUUUAGAAUUCUGGAAAUAGUCGAAAACUAGAUGAAAUAAAGC